GCGACUCCGCCGACCAUUUCCCUUCCGCCGGCAUCCGGCUUCUCCGUCCCAUUCCCCACCCCCGGCCACCUGCAACUCCAUGGGGACUGCUCAGAGCGUCGGGCGCCGGGAUUCCUACGCCGACACCGGAGCAGGCGGCGAGGACCUCAUCAGCGCGCUUCCAGACGACAUGCUCGUCCACAUCCUCCUCCAGCUCCGCGACGCCGCCGCCGCCGCCCGGACCAGCAUCCUCGCCCGACGGUGGCGCGGCCUCUGGGCCCUCCUCCCGCAGCUCACCUUCGCCGACGGCAUCGAGCACCACCGCAUAGUCUCCGCCCUCGCCGCACACCAAGUGCCGGACCUCCGCGGUCUCCGGGUCGCCACCCGACACGCCUCCGUCGAGUACCUGGCGGUCUGGCUCCCCAACGUCGCACGCCGCCUCACCGGAUCCAUGCUCCUCAGGGUGGUGUGGCACGACAACGAGGAGGUCGCCGAGCUGGAGCCCGAGCAAAGAGGGGCGAUUCUGCUUCCUUGCUUCCAGCGAGCCACCACGGUCAUACUCGAGUUCUCGUUCCUUCGCCUCGUCCUGCCGCCUUCCGGCGUAUUCGCCCGGCUCAACGUUCUCGAGCUGGUUGGCAUCCACCUAUAUGGCCAGUGCAGUCUCGCCAACGCUCUCUCCUCCCCGCGGUGCCCAUCCUUGCAGAUUCUCAGUGUCCAGAAUGCUCGUGGUCUGGGCAACUUCACAAUUCAUUCCAAGUCCCUCCUAGAACUGAAGCUAUUGAAACUACCUGACAUGCAGCAGCUCAUUGUCGGGGCACCGUCACUCCAAAUGUUAAUCAUCAUGGGUUGCUUUACCGAUGGGCUGAAUCCAAGUCAGCCAGUUGCCAACAUCUCAGCCCCUCGCCUGGAGUUGCUCUUGUGGACGUGUGAUUUUGUUCCGAGCUCUCUCCAGCUUGGGGAGAUGGCACAUCUUCAAUGUCUUGUCACUGGAAAUUUCUUUGUCUAUGGACCGAUUUCCUUUGCUCUACAAAAUCGCUGUUGCAUGAGCAUUCUGCAGCACUUUGAGCGUCUCAGUGUCCUCAAUCUCUAUAUUAUCUAUCCGCCGGUGAGUUCAUCCUUAUUUGUGUUAUGACUUCAUUGUUGAAUGUUGAUAGAUAACAAGGCAAGCAUCCGUGCAGAGUUCAACUUGGGGAAUUUGUCAUUUCAUAUGUCUGCCAAGAAAAAACCAUACAAAAGUCUUCCUUCAACAUUGCUUGGUUAACUCCAUUCUCUACCAGUAGUUCAUAUUAAAUAUGCUCACUAACGCUACUGCUGAAGCAUAUUACACUGUCAAGGGGACAUGAACCUCUGAAGAGUGGAGAAAAAACCCGCAUUAUUUGUAUCCUGUGUUUGUUCACACUGUAAAAAAAUCGAUGUUUGUAUUUGUCCUGAUAAAAAUAUUAUAUACAAGCCCUUUUUGUGACUCCCUUUGAACUUACAGGUCAUUGGUAAUAUGGAAUACUUGAUGGAAGAUAUGACAAGUCUUCCCGACGUUACAAUAUUGAACCUGGAUGUAACUGCAUAUGUACAUUCAUUUGGAGCCAGCGUAUUCCAUGUUCUUAGGAUGUGCCCUUGUUUAAAAGCACUCUUAUUAAAUUUCCUGUGAAACCUAGCCAACUGGAGGUAAUGCAAUCCUUAAUUUUUUUUGUCUGAUACUUCAUGCUUCAGUUACCAGAAAGUCACAUAAAGCAAUAUGUCAAUACAUAUUUGCAUUUCUUACUAAGCAUGAAUAGGCUUGACCGCUUGAGGUGAUAGUUUCUCUGCUCUUGAUUUUAGUUCAGUAAUGAUACACUGUAAAGUUUAUCUGUGGCUACAACCAUUCUCCCUUAGUGUUUUAGUGUUUCAGAAAUUGGCAAUACUACUUUGGUUAAGAAAUUGGCGAUACUACUGGUCGGUAACUGUGUAAUAGGUUUCACUUUUUAUUUGCAUUGAAGAAUCACAUUUCUGCAGUAAGUGGCUUCGAUGUAUAUUCAUGGACAUGCAACCUAAUGCUUAAUGUUUGUAUUAGAAGGAAAGACAUGAUGACUGAUCUGUAAGAUGUCACCAAGGUUAUAGCAACCAAAUAUAAACUUUAUAACUUCAUCUUUAUUAAGCUGAAACCCCUCUGAUUUCAGGAGUGAAAUGCAUCAUUAGUCCAUUGACUCUGGUUCCAUGCUUUAGGCCAGGAACUCAGGAAGUGAUCAAAG